UCGGAUUUCAGGAAAGUUACAGUAUCAAUUUGAGGUCGAUGUCCUAUGUAGACAUCUCGCUUUUGUUGAAUUACUUUUGGGGGUGUUCGAGCCCGCAAUGUGUGUCUUCUCGUCUGGAAACAGACAUUGAGGACGCCACGAGACAUAGCUUUUGAGACUGAGACACUCGCAUUCAAGUGUUCUUAUAAGUACCGAAGGGACUACUCGAUUUUCACAGCGUGAAUCCGGUGAUCAAAGACUGAUCUCCCUCAGCCUUGGACAAGCCGAUCGACUAGCGUUUCUAGGGUGCUGACAAAUCGAGCAAAAUCAAAAAUGGCUAGAGCGGGUCAAGAAGCGAGGCAAAGCGGGCCGCAUUGGAGCGCGUUUUCCACCCAUAGCAAGUAACAACGAUACGGCUGUCUUUGAGUAAGUGUGAGAUCUCUCGAAACAGGCAACAAGCC